UCUUAACAUUAAUUUUGGUGAAAGAUCCAGUGAAUAUUAUGCUUAGAGAAGGAAAUGAGAGGGCAUAUCAAGGAAUGUUCUCAAACACAUUAGAAUUCGAAGCACUCAUAAGUACUUUAAAAGGGAUUGCCACUCUACCUAUGAUGAGGCACAUGAUUCAGACAUGGCAAGAAUUCUUAUACGACAUUUUCAAGCACAUUACUUUUCCUCUUAUAGCCGGUUAUUUGUGGGCGAAAAUUAUAAUACUUAUAUACUACAUUUCCAAUCGGGAUACGAUUAGUGUUAUGAUGACAAACGUCGCCAUGCCUAUGAUUAUACAAUAUAUUAACGAAAUAGCAUAUUUAAAUGGCACAGUUGUUUUUUUGGUGAUGGGAUUUUUACUAAGUAGUCAAAGAAGAACUUUCUCUACGGAGUUGAACGAAGCAAACGAUUAUUUAUUUCGCAUGAUAGAUUUCACAUGUCGUAUAUUCUUAAUAAUGGUGUUGGGAAUGACAUUGCCAGUAUAUUAUAGAAUAACUCAUGAUUCACUGCACCCGCUUAGUCUCAAGAUCAUUUUAUUUGCGUUCCUCCUCUAUCCGCUUUUGAGUAUCAGCCGAUAUGUUAGUGUAUUUUGUUGUUGGCCGUUUCUAUAUUUUUUAGGUUAUAAAUACACGUGGAGAGAUGUGAUAAUAGUUGGAUGGUCUAGCAUGUCUGAACUCCUUCAAAUGAUACUUUUGCUAAUUGUUUCUGAUGCACAAGUCGAAUAUUUUCGUAACUGCGAUAUUAUAUUUAUAGCAAUUUGUAUGCAUUACAUAUUUUCAAACAUUAUAAAUUCUUCGUUGGUCCCUUAUUUUAUCGUACUUCUGAAAGACAAGACAAUGGAUGGAAUAAGUGAAUUAAAUAUGAAUAACUGUGGAAAGCAUAUUAUGGAAAUAAACAAAUGCAAAAUUGAUAUUGCAAAAAGAAAACAGAAUCCUGGUCCUGUAAAUUGGGAAGUAGUAAGCAAAUGGAUAGAAUUUGAUAGCUCAUACGAAAAAAGAGAUAUUGUAAAUAAUGAGGAAGAUAACGUGGCAAAACCUAAGCCCACGUUCAAUUAUGAACUUCUACUGAGAUAUUCAAGAUUGAGAGUUUUAAAUGCUUUGGAGAUGUCAUACUAUCAACAAUACGAAAAAGGAUUGUGUACUUCGGCAGUUCUGAUUACACUUCAGAAUUUAGUUAGUCAUACAAGAAACAUGUCAAAAACUCAAACGAUAAAAGUGGAAAAUUGUCAGUUGCCCCUCUGGACCUUAAGUGUUGAUUAGGAGUUUCAAAUUGUA